UCUUCCGCCAACAUUCGCCUGUGGGUCUUUGUGGGCGGAACAGAAGGAGGACAACGAACAACAAGUUGAGCGAGCAGAGUGGAGCACCAACACAGCAGCAUCAGUGGGCACAGGAUCGCACACACCCCACCUUGAGACCUUGCCACCAUGUCAUGGCUCUUUGGUGGCCGUCGCAAACAGCUUGAAGCGGAGCUGCGGCUCACACAGCAACGGCUGCAGGAGCGUGAAACCGAGGUUGUGGCUCUGAAAAGCAACUGGACCAUUGAAUUCGAUGAGGUACAGCUGCAAGAGCCUCUGAACCAUGGCGCAUUUGGAACCGUGUACUUGGCACAAUGGGAAAACCUUCAGGUCGCAGUCAAGGUGCAGCACACUGCAGCGCACGAAUUCGACCUGACCGAGGAGUUUGAGCAAGAGGUCGCAUUCAUGCAGCGGAUCCGCCACCAAAACAUCGUGCGGUUCUUCGGCGCCGGGACCACUGAUGUAGGCACCGUCUUUUUGGUGCUGGAGUACUGCCCGCUCGGUUCCGUCGCCGAUCUCCUACAUCGUCGACAAGAUGGCCUGCAAACUGCCCUCUCCGAUUUCACAAUGGAGCAUCCAACCGCCCACAAUCACGUGCCGCAGACAACGUGGGCCCUAAAGCUUCAACUCGCCCAUGACAUGGCAGCAGCACUUGCCUUCCUUCACAGCCUUGACAUCCUGCACAGGGAUGCAAAGACAGGGAACUUCCUCGUGUCGAAAGAUCUUCGUGCCAAGCUGUGUGACCUCGGCUCGUGUCGCGAACGAGGGGGCAUUGCACGACCCCGCGCAUCACUUGCACAGGACCCGGCGACGCAGCCGACGGAGCAUGAUGCGUUGGACCCCAUGCUCACGGCUGCUGUGGGCACGCCACUUUACAUGCCCCCUGAAGCCAUCGAUGGUCACUCCUACAAUGGCUCUGCUGACGUGUUCUCGCUCGGCGUAAUCAUGUGGGAGCUUGGUGUGGAGAAAAUUCCGGACCUCAUUGAGCAAGAACAUGGAGGCAACUUUCCGGGACCAAUUCUGGCGACAAUGGUUCAACUUCUUGGAGAAGGCCACCGUCUCAAGUAUCCAGACGACCGCGCGGAUAUUCCAUCGUGGUACCGAGACCUGUCGUACAAGUGCAUGGCCAACGAUCCUGAUGAACGCCCAACCGCGAAGAAACUCGAGCAUAUCUUCAACACCCGUCUCUCCGAGGCCUUGGCUGCUGGUGCGCUGCUGUCCACCGUCGCUGGCAGCACCGGGGCGAGCAAUGAUCCAGCCGCGCAAUCCCGCGCCACAGCCGACACGAGAGAGGAAGAAGCGGAGGAGAGCCGCCAAGAAGAAGAGCAACGCCAGCAACAGCGACGUGCAUUUGUUCACGCUGCGCUGCAGAAUGCGCUCGACGAAGGCGCGAGCGAUCUUCUGCGGCGAAGCAAGUUGAUGCUCGUCGGGGAGGGCCGGGCCGGCAAGACGAGCACCCUACGGUCCUUGCUGUCGAAGCCAUUUGAGCAGCACCAGGAAUCCACCGCUGGGUCCGAGUCGACAGACAUGCGCGUUACCGUCGACAGUCGUGACGUCUGUGGCUGGCAGGAGGGCAAGGAAGAAGCAAGGGAGCUGCACCGGUGCAUGCAGGAUGUGGCUAGGGCGCGGCUCAAGGACGCACACGCUCGCAUGACGGCAACAAACGGUCAACAUGAGCAACAGCAACACGACAGCAGCGGCUCCAACACCAACAGCGAAGGAGAUGGUGAUGUCAAUGACAAGGAGGAUCGCCAGCGCCGCGCACUCCACACAAACGUACAGCCCGCCCCCAAAGACAAUUGCAACGCAUCCUCCUCAUCCUCCUCCUCCUCCACGCUUCUGCAGGCCCCUCGAGCACCUGCAACCACGCCGACGACGACAACAGCCACGCAAGACAAGACAGAAAGUGCGUCGACAACAGCACAGGGCGAGGGUGCACUUACACAACCAGCAGAGGCGAAGGCUAUUGCGGGCGCCCCAGGCAGUGAUGGUCUUGAACGCGCCAUCACAGACCUCAACCUGGACGUCACAUUUGGUGGUGAUGGUGAGAGUGACGGUGAUGGUGAGAGUGAUGCCCACAACAACCAGCAGCACGUCACAUUCAAGGUGUUUGACCUUGGCGGCCAGCCUCAGUUCUACGUGUUUCACCCCAUGUUCCUGACAAAGCACGCAAUGUACCUGGUGGUGUUUUCCAUGAGACAGGCGCUGCAAGAUGACGUUCAGCAGCAAGCGCAGGCGUGGGCCUUCCUCGACCACUGGCUCAGCUCCGUGUACUUGCACGCCAAAGGUGCGCCCAUCUUCAUGAUCGGCACCCACGCGGACGUCGUCACCAGCAGCGACGACCACGCGCGCAUCUCGGAAACCAUUGUGGAGCGAUUCCACACCCACCCAGCUUUCCCCCUCCUCGUUGUCAACACCAAGCACAGCCUCUACUUCUGGCCCGUCGACAACACGCGCUCAAGUGCAGACCCGAUGGUCCAGGACCUGCGCACCUCCAUCUCUCUCGAGGCCCAGCAGCAGCCACAUGUGCAGCAGCGCGUGCCUCUGGCGUGGCUCGCCCUCUACGACCAUCUCCCAAUCACCACACCUCCGGCAUCUUCAUCACCCCCUUCGUCAGCAGCCGCAGCGUCAUCGGGCAGAGUGUUUGUAAUGCUGGAGGAUGCUGAGGCUGCAGGCAAGCGCUUCGGCCUGGACGCUGCGCAAACACGUGCAUGUCUGGCAUUCUGGCACAACUACAGCAUGCUGCUGUUCUAUGACACAGUACCAGGCAUGGACACGGUGGUGGUCACUGAUCCCCAGUGGCUGGUGGACAUCAUGUGCCGCGUGAUUCGCAGCUUCAAACUGCAUGGUGUUAUGCAGGACCGGCGCGCACGGCGCCUCGCGCGCGAAUGGGCCGAGAUGACCCGCAGCGGUAUUCUCCACCAUCGGCUCCUGCGCGUACUGUGGGAUGAUGUGCCCCAGAGCAUCAUCGAUGCACUGCUGAACCUCAUGUCCCGCAUGGGCUUGUGCAUCUCGUACAAGACAGGCUCGCAAUACCACGACGACGACAACGACAACGACAACGACAACGACGACAAUGGCAGCGCCAGCGGCAGCGGCAGCGGCAGCGGCAACAGCCAUGAGGAGGAUGCGCUGGGCCGCACCCAUGACGAACGUCCCCCAACAUACGAUUACACGCAGCAACGUCACCGCCCACGUGCUGCGUCGCACGGUGGUGCAGGACUGGGCGUCGGCGACAACAACGACACCUGGAGCUGCCGCCAUCACAGCGACACCUUUCUUGUGCCCGCCUUGCUGCCGGCAACCCUGAACACACGCAGACCGCUGGCCGAGCACAUGCUCAGUGCAGUCGUUGCUGGAGAUGAACACGCAGUGGCGAAGCGGUGUCACCAAGCAGACGAUCAAGCUAACAGCGAGCGCGCGUCCAUAACCUCAACGCGAGGUGUGCUCCAACUGCCGACCGAAGGCGACUGGGCACUGGUCUGCUUCACUUUGAGGUCACUAAAGUGUCAACCAACAUACAGUGCGCGCGAGCUUCACACGUGCUCCUUCCUGCCAGAAGGCCUCUUCAUCCGCGUGGUUGCUCACAUUGUUGCAGGGGCGCAUCUGGCUGCCGGCAACCACACCCGUGGCGCGGCGCUGCCCGAUCUCAGCCGAACACACGCGCGCGUGCCAUUCCGUGACCGCCGUCUUGAAUUGCGGCUCUUCCCGUCCAUUGGCGCCAUCGGUGUCCGCGUCAAGGCCGACGGGCACGAAUGUGCUCGUCCCAUGCUCCGGCUGGUUGAGGGUGCGGUGCACCGCGUACUGGCACAGCACUACCGCCAGCUCCGCAGUCACACGCUGGUGCCCCUGAGAGACUGUAGCGCCUUCCUUCGCCUCGACGAAGUCACGACCCAUUAUCGCGAACGUCGAGCAAUGUGGGCUGAACAAGUCCGCUUGGAGAUUGCCGACUUGGAGAGGCACUUUGCCCGCUGGCUCCCAUCCCUCGGCCUGCAAACCCAAUAUCACGUCUUUCUCAGCUACAGACAAUCUGCCAACAGUGCAUUUGUGAUGAACAUUCGUGCCCGGCUUGAGGAGCGCGGCCUGUCCACGUUCCUGGACGCCAACAACCUCGAAAUUGGGGUCAACUUCAAGAUGGCGUUUAUGGAGGCCAUCAGCCGGAGCGUUGUGGCCUGCCCGAUUGUGUCUGCGGCUGCGUUGGAGCGCAUGCGCCGCCUUGGCGAGCAGGACGCUUGUGAUAACGUGCUUUUGGAGUGGAUGACCAUGAUCUCCCUCAUCCGCCACGCCCACCACGCACGCAGCACAGACUCACAAGCCCGUGGGCACCGCACCAGCAGCAGUGUGGGCCGCACCAUGAGUCGUGGCGAGCAAAUGACAGAGUCUACAACGUGCACCGGCAGCCACAGCGGUGAAGGAGAGACGAAGCAUGUGCUCCUUUGCAGGGUUGCUCCGCUGUUGCUCGGGAGGGUGUGGGAUGAUGAUCAAGUGACCGCUUGCCUCCCCGAGUCAGACACGUUCCAAGACCUGUUUGAUCUCUGCCAACAACUACCACACGUCGUCAGUCAUGCAACCAUGACUCAACUCGAGCACUUCUUUGUCAGAGUCCUUGGGCUUCCGCCUCCGCCACCUCUCACCGUGCAUGAGACUGUGGCCUCCCUCUUGGAUCAUGGUGCAAUCUUUUGCUUCGAUGAUCAAGGGCAUGACGCCUCUGCAAUUGAAAGUGGGGAAGCAUCACGCAGUAUUCUGGAGCGACCCGCCAAGUGGGAUGCCCUGCACGAACACGCAGAGCAUAUUCGGCGCCUAGUCGAGCAUGUCCGCCCAUUGAAUCAACAACAACAACAACAACAACAACAACAACAACAACAACAACAACAACAACAACAACAACAACAACAACAGCAGCAGCAGCAGCAGCAGCAGCAGCAGCAACCUGCGAUUUCUUGUGGCUUUGACAUUUCAGAGAUGGACGGAGAGCUUGUGGUGUGGCUCAGGCAAUGCCAGCUUCUCCGAAAAGUUGGCCCAGCGCUCGAUGCUCUCGGGGUGUCGACACUGGCAGAUCUGCAUUAUGGGAUCAAAGAAGAGCUGAUAACGCUGGAGACGCUGCAAGCGCACGGCGCGAAGUUAAUUCCGGCUUCACGACUGCUGAAGGCGGCCAAGGACUGGGUGCAACAGCUUGGGGAGCAAGUUCCCCACGUUUCCGACAUUAUGUUCAUGUUCUGACAUGCCCCUCUUGCGUGAGCGCACACACUCACAGCCACGCACACUACCACACACACACACACACACACACACA